AUGCUGCCCAGGGUGGAGGUGGGUCGAGCGGAGCAGAAGCGGGCCGAGGGCGAGAUCGAGGAGGACGAGCACGAGCACCGCGUCGCCAAGCUGCGCCGCUUCGACGUCGUUUGCUCGCAGAUCGAGGAGCGCCUCUUCCUCGGCUCAAACACGGUUGCCUCGGACCUGCGGCUGCUGCUCUCGAACGGCGUGACCCACGUCCUCAACACGGCCGGCGUCGCGUGCCCUGACUACCACCCGGGCGCGCUCACGUACAAGACGUUGCACCUGUACGACUCGCCGCGCGAGGACAUCUCGACGCUCCUCUACGAGGCGAUCGAGUACAUCGACGCCUCGAUCGAGGCCGGCGGCCGCGUCUUUGUGCACUGCCACCAGGGCGUCUCGCGCUCCUCGUCCAUGGUGAUCGCCUACCUCAUGUGGCGGCACCGCCUCCCCUUCAACGACGCGUUUGCACGCUGCAAGGCCGGCCGCGGCGUCACCUCGCCAAACUCGGGCUUCAUCGCCGCGCUGCUCGGCCUGCAGGAGAAGCUCACCGACGGCGCGCCGCCCGCCGCCGGCCGGCUCUACCGCACCGCACCCCUAGAAGCGGAAUAUACGUGGUCGUGGACUCCAGCCAGCGCUCGAGAGGGCACGUACCCCGCCGUCUUCCGUGGUACUCGUUGUAUUCGUAGCCCGUGCAUUCACGCGGUGCUCUGA